AUGCGCCCCGUCGCUUGCUCCCCUUGCUGGCUCCACGGGUCCAUAGCAGACCCAACCGUCACAAUUUCUUCUCAACUAUGCAUCAAGUCUUUGCUGUCUCCUGCCUCGGACUCCGAUGACGCACUCACAGCGCUCCCUACUCAGGCCACGCCAAAGGGAAGAUGUUACAAACCCUUAACCCGACAGGAGAAUACCUCUACAACUCUCGCCGUAGCAAAGCCGGCAAGCAAGCAAGCUCCGGAAAUAGCCAUACCUCAGGGUUCCAUCGUGCCCGACGGCGAUGACUCGAAGGCGACCUCGGCGAGAGGCUCAAGUGCUAAAAGACCCUCUAGAGCUAUGCAGCCGCCGAUGAGAUCUAGCAUAGCUUGUUUGAGAUGCAGGAAAUCCAAAACCAAAUGCGACAACGACAACACCGGAUCACCUUGCGACACAUGCAUCAAGGCAGGACAUAAUUGCGAGUUUCCUGAUCCAAAGCCUCUUCCGGCGAAACGAUCAAAGCCGCCGACUGUGCCAAGGCAGGUAGUGGAAGUCAGGCAUGUCCGGAAGCGAGUGAAGAAGCUCGAAGAUGCAACGUCCUCUGAUGGACGUACUGUUGCUGCACUUGCUCAGGAAGUCCUUUCGGCAACCUAUCUUACCGUCGAGUUAUGGCAUCAACUCUUCGACAUUUUUAAGCUGCACUUCGCUACCGAACUCCCGUUUUUGCAUCUCCCAACUCUCAAGAGCGUCUAUCACAACAAGGAGAGCAAGAAGCCGUCGACCGAAUCGAAUCUUAUCCUGCUGGGCAUUUUGACUCUCACUGCAAGAUUACAUCCCGACUUGAUCAAAUAUGCGGCACAUCUCACACAUGACAAGAUCGCGGACCCCAAAUCUCGCAGUACUCUAUUCAAGUCGGAGCCGCCAAUGGCCUCAGAGUACUUCUCAAACGCUCUGACAAAGGCACUGGGAGAACUAGAAUCAGCUCUGACAUCAGCUACUGUCGUCCGCGUUCAAGCUUUCCUCAUGCUCGGCUUGCACAAAUGGAGUCAGCCGAAUGGCGGCUUGGCUGCAUGGAUUUUCGCGGGCGGCCGCCAUACGGAAUCCCUUCCGCCGUGGGACCAAGCGUCGACUUUCUAUCAACUGAUCAAAAAGGUAGACGCCUUUUACGCACACCUUCCGGAAGAGUUCACCUGGUCCAGCUCGAACUUUUGGAAACACGAGAGUAGCAUAUAUGUAUCGCUUCACAUGCUGGGUGCCCUAUGUAAAAUCAUGCUGCAUCGCGAAUACAUCCCGUUCAUCGCCAUCAAAUGUUCUGAGCCGGUCGGCCCCCUGGAUGCGCCUGUAUUUGACCGCGAAACUGAGAUCGAAGAACGGAAUUCGGGAACCAUGUCUGAGAACACGCAGACGGGGAACACCAGCAUUGCUUUCCAAGCAUUGACCAAGGCUGCACCUUACCAAAGCAUGGCCUCUAACUACGUCACGUAUCUCAAAUACAUUGAUCAGUAUCUCACCAAGGUCUACUCCGAUUAUACAAUCGAGAUGAGUAUCAUCUCACCAGGGUCUCGUCGGAGCACACGUCGAAGGAGUCCCUGUCAGGCGUCAUCGUUUACCGUCAUCAACGCCGCCCUAUCCCCCCCAGCAGGAGGCAUUUCUCACCAGCCACCAUCACAAAACUUCCCGCCAACGCCGGGGUUCCCGCCAGGCAAGGUCGCCAUGUUUGAUCUCAUUGCCGAGACUGUCGAUUUUGAAUCCCAUGUGCACCAGAACCAGGGUCAACGACUUGGCAUCAUGUUUGGGGACUUACAGAAGUUUGCCGCGGGAGGUAUGUUUUACGCGCCCGACACUGGGGAGGAACGAGUGAACGAGGCGAUGCCAUACAACUGUUGCAAGUCGAGCAUCAGUCAGACACCAGCGACGUUUUGCGCCUAG